AACUUCAUUAUCCUUUGCACAUUUACUUCUUUUAUUCAAUUUAUUAUUUUUAAUAAAUAUUCAAACAAUCAGAAAUUAUUCUUGCGAUCACUAAUAUUAUAUGCUAAUACUUAAACUCAAAAUUUUAUUUUUUAUGUAAAUUAAAUUAUGCAAGAUAAUGUAUAAGCGAUUUUAUUAAAAGUUUUUAUAAUUCUUGAGUAAUAAUGAGAAAAUAUACACCGGUUUCAAAAUUCUUAAGCGUUUCGUACACGCGGUUACAAUACACAAUUAUGAAUGGAAAACGCUAUCAAAACAUCACGUAUUGCUAGACCAUCCCUUUGAACUGUUUACUUUCAAUCACUCUUUGAACAUUGUUUAAAUAUAUGUUCAAAAAUAUGAAUAGUGUAAACAUUGUUCAUACUAAACAAUUUGAUCAUUUGAAAAGUUUUUCAUUGUAAUAAAAAUAAUUGUGCAGUGUGACAUUUGCGUAUUAUACAAAUUAUUUUACCAAGAGUAAACACACCAAAAGAUGGCUAAGAUAUUGAAGUUUUUUAAAACUAUAAGAAACAAUUGGAAAAAAUCUGUUUUGGGAGUUGCAGCUUUGUCAUACGGGGUUUCAUAUAGCAAAGAUUCAUUCCAUACAGAACAAUUAGUGAGGGAGUACUGUGAAAUUGUAUCACAGUACGGUGACACACCAUGUCCAACAAAUACAAAACCUCGACAUGUGACAAUUAUUUUAAAUCCAAAUGCCAAGAAAGGGUUUAAAAGCGAAAAAGUUAUUUACAAAUUACUGUGAACCACUGUUACAUUUAGCUGGAAUAGCUGUAACAGUGAUACAAACUAAAUCAGAAAACGAAGCCAGGAAAAUAGUAAUGAAUUUGGAUACACCAACAGAUGCCAUCAUUGUAGCUGGAGGAGAUGGCACUCUGUCUGAUGUUUUAACAGGAUUAGUUAGAAAAUAUAAUUCUAAUAUUAAUUCAGUUAAGCAAUGUCCAAUUGGUAUUUUACCUUUAGGACAAGUAAACAAAAUCGCAAAAUCAAUAUAUCGUGAAUAUGAUGAUUUAGCUGAUGUAAAGCAAAUACUGGAGGCCACAACGGCAAUCAUAUCUGAAAAAUGCAAAAUGAUGGAUAUGAUAGAAGUUGAACCUAUUGAAGAAAAUUCUGAAGAACCUGUGAAACCAAUUUAUGCUAUGGGAACAAUUGAAUGGGGUGCAUGGAAAGAUGCACACUUUAUUGCUAAAAAAUAUUGGUAUUGGGGACCGUUACGAAACUAUGUAACUUAUGUAUUUAAUGGAUAUAAAAAAAAGUUGAAUUGGAAUUGUGAUGCAACUAUAAAAUAUACAAACCCAUGUGAUGGAUGUUCCAAUUGUUAUCAAAAGGAUAUGUCAUUAAAUGAAUUUGCUAACAUGAAUAAAAGGUGGUGGCAUGCCUUCAUUCCAAGAAAAAGAGUUCCCACACCAGAGAUCGAUUACAGUCAAGUAAUAAAUGAACAAUGUGGCCUUUCUCAUGAAUUACCUUUGUCAACAUGUGAACUCCACAUAGAAAGUUCUAACAUAGAAAAAUCAGAAUCUCCGUCGUCAACGUCAUCUUUGAAAUUAAAAAUAGGUCCAAAAGAUGUUGGUUACUUUUCUUUUGUAUCCGAGGGAUGGAAACAAGAGAGAGAUAAUAAAUUACUAUUUAAGCAAGUAAUAGAGGCAAAAGACAUUGAAAUAAUGCCUGAAGAGGUAAAUAAAGAGAAAAAAUUGUUUAUCGACAACGAAGAAUAUGAACUAAAAUCAGUUAAAAUUAAAUUACUUCCACGAGCAGUGAAAGUCUUUUGUCCUGAACUGAAUACUUAAUAAAAAAACCAUAUAUAAUUUAAAUAAAAUUGUAAUCUAUUUUAUGUACUAAAAUCUACAUACCACGUUUCUUCAUCUUUUAAGGUAUUAUCUACGUUUUUGAUCAUGAUAAAAAAAAUGAGUUAAGUUCGUUUGUAAUUCAAUUAUAUAUUUUUAUAAAAAAUAAUUUAUUAUUGCAUAUAAAAGGUACUUUAUGCUAUUGUCGUCGGUAUAUGACAUACUUGAGUAUAUGAUUUAUCUUUACAUAUAUCGUAAUACUCACACGGUUAUAUUAGAUAUCUUAUAUCCUACACUAUGAA